AAUAUCUCCGGACAACAUUGAGUGUUGUCAUUUAUGCAACUAGUUUCGAAAUGGAGUAUUUUUACACACCAACACUCAUGACUGAGAGCACAAUCGAAAUGAGACACUUUGUGAUUCGUAAAUUACGAAAACUGACGAUGAGAGCUACAAAAUGCCAUUUUGUUGGACUGGCUGUUGGUUUCUACUCAUUGAAUUUUCAUACGUGUUGUGUGGUGGUACAAAGUCGAUUGUUUGUCUUAAUUUUCGGAUUUUUUUUUGUGUUUAAAUUUCAUUUGUGCUGUGAAAAUUGUGCGAUGAGAGUUGUUUUCAGUACACAUGUGAUGCGUUGACAAAUUGACUUUUUGCAACGCACACAAAACACAGUAUUUUCUCGCACCAGUUACAAAUCCACCUGUGUACAUGUAGUGGUCAGUCGUGUGCGGAACAAAAUCUUUCGAAACGAGUUGCAUAACAAAAUAUUUUUCGUUGUUCCGUUGUAAAAUUGAACUUUAUCGAAACGUAACAACAACGUGACAGCACACUUCUUCCGAUUUUUAUUCAGUGUUAGCAUGCAUUGGUAUCCGAUUCAGUUUUAAUCACAGUAGUCUGUGUGUUGCGACCGUAAAAAAUCACAUUUAAAUCUUCAACAUGAGUCACAUGGAGUGUUCAAGUGAUGAUGACGAUUCAAUCGCUUCCGAAGUACAGCAAGCAACCGAUGAAGCUAUGAAUUCAUCCGCUGGGAUACCCGAGCGAUCUAAGCUGGUCUACGAGACGUGCUACAAUAGCUUUUGUGAAUGGUUGAAUGAAUCGAAGAUCCAGACGAUCAACGAAAAGGUCAUCCUGACCUAUUUCAUUCACCAAUCGAAAGUGAAAAAAUCUUCAACGUUGUGGUCUAACUAUUCGAAGCUGAAGUGUAUGAUUUAUAUGAAACGUAGCGUGGAUAUUGGUCGAUAUCCGACCGUCACUGCAUUUCUAAAACGGAAGAGUGCCGGCUAUGAGGCAAAAAAGUCGGCAAUUCUGACCAGAUGGGAUUUCGAUAGAUUUAUAAACGAGGCUGACGACAAAGAAUUUCUGAUGAUGAAGGCUGCACUGAUAAUCGGUAUCGCAGGAGCGUGCCGACGGGAUGAGCUGUUAAGGCUGUCGAUCAAGGAUGUUGUGGAUUCGGGUGAAUACAUACAGAUUGACAUCGUUGACACAAAGACAUACAUUGCCAAACAAUUCGUGUUAACCGAAAGUUCUGCCGGUAACAUCAAACUUAUGGGAGUUCUACGGAAGUAUAUGUCCCAGCGGAAUCCGAACACACCGCACGAUCGAUUUUUCGUUGGAUUACGGACAGGAAAAUGUACGACGCAGCCGGUUGGGAUUAAUACUAUUGGAGCGAUUCCGAAAAAGGUCGCUAGAUAUUUGGGCUUAAAUGAUGUUGAAACGUACACUGGUCACUGCUUCCGUCGCAGUUCGGCAAAGGUGCUAGCCGAUUCUGGUGCUGAGUUUUCCGUCUUUAAGCGGCAUGACGUUGAAGGACUUCGUCGAAUGAUCCCAAACUACAAGCAGCAAAGUGAAUCGGAGUUAAGACGAAACAGUAACGACGGGAAAUUAUUGCUAAAAACCGAACCAACUUCAGCGAACGAACGUGACAGUUUCGGGAAUGCCGAGUUUCAAGUGGAUGAUGGAAGUGUAGUGGGCGGGGAGCAGCAACAAGACAUACAAUAUGGACCGAAGCCACAUAUUUUCAGCAUUAAUUAUGCGGUACCAAGCGGUUCGGCGAUGCCAGAACAACAGGCAGGUGAAGCGAGUGGGAGUUUUCAGCAAACCUCUAACGACAUAAAUCGCAACCUGACUUCAACUUAUCAGCAAACUGACGAAUCCGAUCUGGACCAACCGAUGAACGAUGAUUCAGAAGAAGUGUUUCCCGACAAUGGAAAUUCCUUUUCACUGUCAAAUCGACAAAAAAUCGAGAAGUUGCGACUGCAGGAAAUGCAAAAUCGGGUAACCGAAUCCCAACUACGUUGUCAAGUACAGAAACUGAUCGUCAGUAAGGCCGAAGAAGAGUUCAAACAUCUACAAGAGAUAAAUCAAUUGAAGUUGCAAGAAGCCAAAUUGCGUUUAAAAUUGUUGGAGCAAAAUGGUGUAAAUGAGCGUGGAAAUAGCGAUUGAUCGUAGAGCGUGAGGCUGCUUAUUUUAAUGAUAGUUUGUAAAUUAAAAAAGAAAAUCUGUCGGGCUA